AUGACUGGAGCCUUCAGUCGAAAGGACGGCAGUUACAUUUAUCGUAAAGUUCCUGUAGACGCUGAGGAAGGAAGCGUCGAAAUGAAUGUCGUCAACAACACGCGAGUCUCGACAAGGGCUGAGCCGGAGAGGGAACGACUGCCUACCUUUGAUAUGGUUCCUGUGGAGUGUCGAUGUCCUUUCUGCCGAGCUGACAUCACUACCUUCAUCACUCAUGAGGCAUCAAUAGUGUCCUACCUCCUGGCAUUAGUCCUAGUUCUUAUCUUACAGUGGCUAUCAAUAUGCAUAUUGCCGGUGGUGUGGCCAUUGCUGAAGGACACUGUGCAUCGAUGUCCCAAUUGUCUCAACAAGAUCGGCUCUCGGUCUAAGAUAGCCUUGCCGACCAGCCUCAAGAACGAUGUGCUCACAUUCCGCAUUGGACACUGCGCGGUGGUAUUGGCCCGACGAUACGUUGUAAUUCUCCUAGCCCUUGUCACUGUGAUUGGCCUUUUCUAUGUGGCACGUUCAUCGGGUGUAAUGCAGCCCGCGAUGGUCCCUCGAGGGCCCGACAUAGAUGCCUCUUGGAAGGACUUCCUCACUGACUGUGGUGAGAGGGCAUAUCUUGGCAAUCCGUUACAUAGUGUGAAGGCCUUCGAAGAGAAGUAUAAGUACCAGACUGUGAAGUGGAAGGGAAGAGUUGUCAGAAUCAGAGAAGGCAUUGACUUGUGGCUAUUCAAGACUAAGAGUUUUGCUAUGAUCAAGAUGUUCCCUCCCCAACAGGCGUACAGGCCAGAUGUGGUGGACUUGAUACUGCUAUUUGAUGGUCCCCAACAACACGAUGAAGUGUCCCUUAUACCAGCAGGGUCUUGGGCUCAGUUUGAGGCCUCGUUGCUGAGUCUGGGACGAAGGUGAGAUAUAGGUUGUGACGAGUUGCUCAUGUUCGAGACGUGUUCAGAGGCGGACCACAUCUACUACAGUUAUGGAGUAUAAAGGAGAGUGAUAGGCCAGAAGAAGUAGAGGAAGCCGUUGCUGAGGCAGCGUUGGCACUAUCGGCUCGACAGGCUAUAAUGGGUGCCAUUCUGGGUGGGGACCAAGGGCAUGGUCCUGAGGCCAACAUGAAUGGACACCAGUCUACUGAGGUGCAUCCCUCGAAUAUCGAGUCACUCCAGCAUCGAGUUUGAUCAAUACUAAGCGU